UUGUCAAUGUAACUGAUCUAGAUUUAGGGAUCUAACAGUAAGAACCAAUAAUCGCUGAUUGUUCACUGAGCGCUUUUUCCGCUGAACGCGCCCAUUGAGAGAGAUUUACCGUUAUCAUUACGUUAAGACGUGUUCGAACACGUUCGGAUCUGAUUUUUUUGGAAUUCGUACUUCAAAAGUAGAAUACAUCAAUAGUUGCGUUUGAGGAAAAUAUGAAGAAAAUGGAUUAUCUUGUGAGACCCUAUCUGAUUGGUCAACGCCAUAAUUGUAACAACGGUUAUGUUUUCUGAACGCAAGCAACGUGACGCUAUAGCAAGCCUACUGUUUAGUUUGUCAGUGCAGUGCAAAUAUAAAGAGAAUAUACAUAUAUGUAUGUUCUCUUGUAUAAGAAAUUAAAAUCUUAAUUUUGAAUACAAUUCAUUAUAAUUAUUUUUAAACCGUGCGAGCUUGGUGGUGAUACCUAACCUUAAAAUCUGCUAAGGUUAUGUCAUGAAGAUAGACUUUUGUUAUAAAUUUGCAAAUUGCAAUUUGUGAAUUCAGUGAAUAAAAUAAAGUGUUAGAAGAAAAAUGUCGUAUUUAACGAGAAAAGAAAUAGACGAAAUGAAACCUCAGAUUGAGAAAGCGGUUCACAAGUUUCUUGGCUUCAGUGAACCAGCAAUAGUUACUACAGCUGUAAAUUGCAUUACUUCUGGCUAUGACAAACGCAAAACAGCAGAUAAAUUAUCAGCAUUAUUGGAAGAAAAGAAAGCUUCCAAAUUGACAGAAAAGAUAUUUACAAUAUACGAUGAUACUAAAGCAGCUCAAAAAAGUAAGAAAAGGACUCAUGCUGAGGACAAGGAUAAGGACAAAGAUGCAAAGAAAUCAAGAUUCCGAGAUGACGAUGUAAAAACUGAGAAACCCAUAGAGACUCAAUAUUCUGAGGACAAGAUUAGACAGAUGAUGGCCAAUGCGCAGAGGGAAAUAGAAGAAAGGAAAAGAGCUUUGAAAGCAACAAAUCAAGAGGAUGUUUCUACAAAAUCAUUGUUCAAAGGGCGCGACACAUUACCUACAGUGGGAAGCAUGUAUAACCAGGGCCUUUUAAGUAAAACAGACUCGGACAAAGCGCGGAAAAUAGCUGCGUUGCAAGCUCAGAUCAGAAAUAAACUGAACUCAGGGGUACUUGGUAACGUCAAUGUACCAGAUAAACCGACACCUUUGAUCUUGGACGAGUCUGGCAGAACAGUAGAUAUUACGGGCAAAGAAGUGCAACUCACUCAAGUGGUGCCUACCUUGAAAGCUAAUAUACGUGCGAAGAAACGGGAAGAAUUUAAAGCUCAGUUGCAAGAGUCGAAAGGGCCGGAGGAAAUACAAGACACGCAUUUUUUCGAUAACAGGAUAAGAGUAAAGUCAGCGGUGCGUGGUAAACGUUCACUGAAAUUCCACGAGCCAGGCAAGUUCCAACAGCAAGCGGAAAGAAUGCGUAUGAAAGCGCAGUUGGAGAAAUUACAAAAUGAAAUUAGUCAAAUUGCUAGAAAAACUGGAAUUAGCUCGGCGACCAAAUUAGCUCUCAUAGCACCUAAAAAUGAAGCUCUCUGCGAAGACGUGCCUAAUGUAGAAUGGUGGGAUUCCGUCAUAUUAACUGCCGCAUAUCCCAACGAAAGCGAGCCGACUGCAAUAAAAAAUUUGACUAUCACCAAUUUAGUGGAGCAUCCGACGCAAAUGCGACCCCCAACGGAUCCUUUGAAACCGGUAUACAUGCCUGUUUUCCUCACGAAGAAAGAACGUAAGAAAUUGAGGAGGCAGAACAGACGAGAGGCAUGGAAAGAGGAGCAGGAGAAGAUUCGAUUAGGUCUAGAACCACCGCCAGAGCCGAAGCUACGUAUCUCGAAUCUCAUGCGAGUUUUAGGGACCGAAGCUGUACAGGAUCCUACUAAAAUCGAAGCUCACGUUCGGCAACAAAUGGCCAAGAGGCUGAAAGCUCAUGAGGACGCGAAUGCAGCGCGGAGACUUACUGCUGACCAGCGUCGCGAGAAGAAAGCUAGAAAACUCAAGGAAGACACUAGUCUUGGGGUACACGUUGCCGUCUAUAGAAUACGCGAUCUUACCAAUAACAACGCUUCAAAGAAAUUCAAAGUGGAAACCAACGCGAAACAACUUUACCUCACCGGCUGCGUGAUGCUAUUCCGGGACUGUAAUGUUAUUGUAGUGGAGGGUGGAGCGAAACAAUUAGCUAAGUACAAACGACUGAUGAUGCACCGCGUCAAAUGGGAAGAGGACAUGGUCAAGGAUAACGACGGAAACGACGUACCGAAUAGAUGCGUCCUAGUUUGGGAGGGAACGAGCAAACAGCGACACUUCGGUGACGUGAAAACCAAACUGUGCCCGAUCGAAAAAAUGGCUCGAGAGCACUUUAAGAAACAUCAAGUCGAACAUUAUUGGGACUUGGCUUACAGUGGCGCGGUUCUCGAUAACACGGACGAUGUACGCUCUUAAUACACAACGUUGUAAAUUAAAACGAGCCGUACGUAUUGCUACAAUUAUAACGACAAACACAAAUAACUACUGUACGAUUUAAUAAAGUGGAAUAUUACGACAAAACAAAAAAGAAGAUGUAUUAACGAUCGAUAGGACAUGAAUAAAAGAACUACGAAUAUUUAUUUA